UAGCUAGCAAGUCUCCAAGCUUCCCGAGAGAGGAAGAGAAAGAAGGAGCAUGCUAGAGAUGAAGCCCUUCACAGCCAUAGCUCUGGUGCUCGUUGUAGGAGCACAAUGUACCUCCCUGGCCACCGCCACCGGUCCAAGAGUCAUCAUCGUUGGCGCCGGCAUAUCUGGGAUCUCGGCUGGAAAGAGGUUGUCCGAGGCUGGGAUCACUGAUGUGGUGAUCCUGGAGGCGACAGACCGCAUCGGCGGGCGCAUCCACAAGACCGAGUUCGCCGGGGUGAACGUGGAGACGGGGGCAAACUGGGUGGAAGGGGUGAAUGGAGAUGAGAUGAACCCCAUCUGGACCAUGGCCAAUGGCACCGGAGGCCUCAACCUCAGGACCUUCCGCUCCGACUUCGACCACCUCGCCAGCAACACCUACAAGCAAGAUGGUGGCCUCUACGACGAGAAAGUUGUUGAGAAGAUAAUCGAGAGGAUGGAUGAAGUGGAGGAGAACGGUAGCAAGCUCUCCGGCACCUUGCACCACAGCGGCCAGCAGGACAUGUCUGUCAUGGCCAUGCAACGCCUCAACGACCACAUGCCUUCAGGUCCGGCGAGGCCGGUGGACAUGGUGAUCGACUACUACAAGCACGACUUCGAGUUCGCCGAGCCGCCGCGCGUGACGAGCCUGCAGAACACGCAGCCCCUGCCGACGUUCAGCAACUUCGGCGACGACGUCUACUUCGUGGCCGACCAGCGGGGUUACGAGUCCGUGGUGUACCACAUCGCCGGGCAGUACCUCAAGACCGACCGCAAGUCCGGCGCCAUCAUCGACCCGAGGCUCAAACUCAACACGGUGGUGCGGGAGAUCACCUACUUUCCGAGCGGCGUCGCGGUGAGGACCGAGGACAACAAGGUGUACCGGACCGACUACCUAAUGCCUACAGCCAGCUUUGUUAUAGAGAGUUCUUUCUUGGUGGCUACAAGUGACCUGGCAUUCAUAUAG